GUGUUGAGUAAAACGAAACUUACUCACCAAACAUGGACUCCCAGUCUCAGAGGGAGAGAACGGCUUUGGAUGUUGGGACAUGGGAGCAGAUAUUCCAAGAACUGAUGCAGCAGGUGAAACCCCAGGCCAGAUGGACCCUGAAGUUGGAUGGGAACCUUCAGCCAGACUGUGUGGCCCAAGGGUGGAAGCAGUACCAGCAGAGAGCAUUUGGCAGGUUUUGGUGUUCCUCGUGCCAGCGAAGGUGGUUUUCUGCCCAAGUGCAGGUCCUGUGUCACAUGCACCUGGAGCACCAGAAGUCCCAGGGCCAGGUGCUUAUGCGGCUCUUUGCUCAGAGGUGCCGGAAGUGUUCCUGGUCUCGAUUUGAGAAGCCCGAGUUCUCCCAAGAUAGCACCAUGAGGAUUCUGAACAACCUGGUGCGGCGUAUUGUGGAGAGAUUCUACACAAAUAGCAUCAAGAACACUUCAGAGAUACCAGUGAAGCUGGAAGUACCUUUGGAAGGGUCGCAUGACAUGAUCAAUUGUGAGGCAUGCUCUCUGGGCUUCUGUGUACGGGGCUUACAAAACUGCAUGACAAAGCCAUCUGAAUGCCCUCUCUCCUGCAUGGAAAUUGGGAGUUCAUCGCCUCACACUGGUGAUGUGUAUGGCCCAAACCGAGCCAGGAACCAGUCGCCUGAGGCAAAAAAGGCUGAGAGGAAUGAGUAUUCCUGUGCCCAGAAGAUGUCAGGGCCCAGCCAUUCCACUGUUGGGAUCCAAGUGCCUGGGGCGAGCCCUCAGCCCAAACAGGAGACGGUGCAACAGCCCACACUAGGGGCAGACAGGCAGGCCACACGGGGAACAGGCCUACAGCCUAUCAAAGUAGCGGGAUCACUUCCCCAAGGGUGGACAGACCCUCAGCCCAUACAAGCAGUACAUCAACUACCUACAGGCAAGGCAGAUUCACAAUCCAUUCUGAGGAGAGAACCACAGGCCCCCCGGAGGACAUACUCUCAGGCUGUAAGGAGGGCAGGCCAACAGUCGAUACAGGAGGCAUGCUCACAAGCCAUACAAGGGGCAGCUGUUCUGGCCACAAGGGAGACAGACCCACAGCCCACACGAGGGGCAAUCCCCAGGGUCAUAUCGAGGUUAGAACCUCAGGCUACAGGGAGGGCAGGCCCCCCACCACUGGAAUCAAACCCACAGACCACACGGGGGGCAAUCCCCAAAGCCACAUCAGGGUUAGACACUCAGGCAACAGGGCAGGCAGGCCCCCCACCACUGGAGUCAAACCUGCAGACCACACGGCGAGCAGGCCCCAUGGCUACAUGUGGGUCUGGGACCAGUGGAACUCAAGUUGCCCGGGGAAGGCAGGAGAGGUGUUUACCCAGACGGCCUGCUCCCGACAGCUUUUUCAGACCUGGUCCCUCAAUGCCACAAAAUGACUUUCUUGAUCAUGGUCAGUUGAUCAAGUGGGGCUGUGCCUGUGUUGUUGCUCUGUUUACCUUUCUUGUACGCAGAUACUUAUAAGUAGAAUGAUGAAAAUAGGCUUGUAUUCUUCUUUUUUCUUGUCUUAAUUCCAUGGUAAUCAAUGUACUGGUUGCCAUUUUAAUAU